AUGGCGUCACCGCUGCGGCGGAGAAACAAGCGGGAAGGCGACUUGCCUCAUUCUUCCUUCCUGUCCCUCCCUCUCCGCCGCUACACCGGAAACCGCACCUUCGCCCUGCUCUGCCGCCUCUUGACUCGUCCUUUCAGUCCACGGCGCGCUUCUUUGGGGAGUCUUUUGCCCUGUCUCCUCGCUAUUCUUGCAGCCUCGAGCCCCUGCCUCUCUUCACUUCUCUCUCCCUUGCCGCCUGCCUUCCUGGCACCCCGGCAGCCUUCCUUUGUCUCCUCUGUCGGCCCUUUGCUCUCUUCACGUCCAGACUUCGCUUUGCUUUCUUCUCCCGGCGCGGUCGCAGGCCGUAUUCUUCCGUCCCACGCCUCCUGGUCGCCCGCCGCUCCUCGCCGUUCCCGGCUCUCCUUCGGGGGCUCUAGCCUUUCCUCUUCGUCGAGGCCGUGUGCAGCCGCGCGGGCGAAUUCGACCGCACGCGCUUGCCGCCCACUCCCCUCGUCCUUCCUCGCUCUGGCUCGCUCGGGAGAGCCGGCGGCAGCCUGUCUCUUGCUCUCCCCUCGCACCAGAGUUUCCGCUCUGACGUGUCAGACCGGCUGCAUUUGCCUGAAAGGCCCCGAUCAUCAUCUGCCUGCUCGCGCUUGCUCUCCUUCCCGCCGCCUUGAGGGGCUCUGCGCCCCUUCGUUGCUUCCAGACGCCCGCAGUCGACAACCUCCCCCCUCGACAGCCCGUCGCACUUCCCCUCCCUCCGCCUCCUCCCAGCCUUCAUCUGUCUCCCUCGCUCCCCACAGCCCUUUUCGCCAUACGGACCGCUCUCCUCGCGUGCCGCCGUCUCUGCGUUUCUCUCCGUGGACUGCUACCUCUCUGACCGUGGCGUCGUCGAGCUUAGAUUGUCUGCAGGUAUCUUCUGAGGGUUCGCCCUCGGGCUCCGCCCCGUCCUUGUCCUCGCCACCGCCGGAGGCCUUGCGGGGAGAGCGGAGGUCUCCUGUGCGAGUGCUUUUCAUCGGCAGUCCCGCGGUUGCGUUGUCUGCCUUGAAAGUCCUUCUGGCUUCCUCGCGCGACGCUUCUUCUGCGCUCUCGUCUGGGCUAUCUUCUUUCGCGUCGGUCGACAUCACGUCAUCGCGUCCAGCGCCUGCGGGGGAAAGCGAGGCCCUCGAGCUUCCCGCAGACGCUGUGUUCGGUGCAGAGUCGCCUCAGCCUGCACUAAGGCCUCUUCGGACACCGAAAGAAGACAAAAGAGGAGAAACCCGCAUCCUCGGUCUUCCCGGGGGAUUCGUCGUCUCGGCAGUGCUCUGUCGAGCCCCCUCUCGGCGCGGACGCGGGCGCCGCACUCUCGUCCCUUGCCCAGUCCAGAGUUUCACCGAGGCGCUCUCUCCUCCUGUCCCGCUUUUCUCUCCCGCGGAUCUCUCCUCUCCGACGCUCCUUUCCUCGCUGCAAGCGCUCUCGCUCGACCUCGCAGUCUGCGCGGCUUUCGGCCAGAAGCUCCCCGAGUCCAUCCUCCGUCUUCCUCGACAUGGAUCUGUCCUUCUGCAUCCCUCUUUGCUGCCACGCUACCGCGGGGCGGCCCCUGUGCGACGGGCGCUGCUGAACGGCGAGCGCCACGUCGGAGUGUCUCUUCUGCGGCCCUCUCCGCGGUUCGACGAGGGCCCGCUCUUGCACCAGCUGCCGCUGAGGCUGGCGGGGCAUGAGCAUGCAGAAGAGAUCGAAGAGAAGCUUUUCCAGCGCGGUGCGCAGGCGCUCCUGAGCUCCGCCCUGUGGACGGGCUCGCGCGCAGGUGGCGGGACCGGAGUCCCGCAAGACGCCAGCAAGGCCUCGUCGGCGCGGAAGAUCCGACCGGAGGACCGGCGCAUUUCCUUCUCGGGGAUGUCUGCGUCCGAAAUUCACAACGUCAUCCGCGCGGUCGCCUCUCACGGAAGCGGCGUGUGGACGAACCUCGAGAUUUUUUAUUUUCUCUCGGAGCUUGCCGCAUCUCCCGACGAAGGUGGUGGGGCAGGGGGGGCCGGCGCCGCGACAGAGAGUCAGGCAGGGCGCGGCGGUUUUGAGCGAGAAGACGUGGCUCCAGGAGAAGAUGGCCGCGAGAACAUAAAACGCGCAACAAUAAAGGUGAAGCUCCUCCGCACGCGUCUCGGUUUUGUGCCUGCCAAAGAGAGUGACGCGGAGAGGCGCACAACCCAGGAAGAGCUUGGGCUGUUUCUUCCCUCUCGAGAAAACUCGCUCGAAUCCGCUGGCUUACAGGCUUCGCAUGCACUCUCUCGGCCGGCAAGUCGUUCGGCCGAAAAAGGUGCAACGCACUCCACAGCAGAGAAGAGGAAACCUUGGUCAGCUGCGGCUUCAACGUGCGCGUAUCGACUUUCGAGGGAAAUCUGUUUAGACGUCUCUGGGGCGCUUCGGUUCGUGUGCGGCGAUGGAAGCGUGUUGCUCGUAGACAAGCUGCAACGGGAAAGCCGCGCGGCGAUGAGCGGCCGCGAAUUCUGGAAUGGCCUGAUGGGCUUCGGUCAGGAGCGAAGACAGACAAAACGCGGAGGCGCGGGGGCGCCCCUGGAGCGCAUGUGCAUUGCAGAGGAGCGAAACGAAAUCGAGGGGACAAGCCAAACGAGCUGCUUCCCGCAGAAAAGGCCGCGGGCCGUAUGCCUUCGGUGGACACUCUGA